AUGUCUGUCUGUCUUGCUGUUACCAAGAGUAUCGCUGUCUCCUCGUUAGGUAUCUAUGCUGGUAUCGUAACCACCUCCACCGUGGUCUCGUAUAUAACUCCUCUGGAUGUUAUUACCAAACAUUUGAGUCCCGUUAUUUGUAAACUGGGUGAACUAGCUUCUGCUUUGGGUCUAGUUUCUUCCGGUUUCUUCGCUGCCAGUUAUUUUGGUGCUCCAGAACAACUGAGACAUCCCUACCUGCUAUACGGAGCUCUGGUGGCUCCAGUGUCUGCUGCUUAUCUAUGGGCGAUCUCUCGUUGUAACCACAAGUACUACAACAAGAGACAUUGUGAACAGAAAAAAGCAGAGUCACCUCAGUUGAACGAAUCCGUUGUCGAUUUAGGUAGAGACGCACCAGCUGGUCACCCAGCGAUUACAAACGAUGGUGCCAAAUGUCCAUUUGGCAGUGCAGCUGCUAAUAACGAGCCGGCCUCGAAUGAUGCCCACAGACCAGUUAACUGCCACCGCAAAAUCGUAUCCCACCUAACGCUAAUCACUCUAGCCACUAUCGCAGGGUUUGUCGCGUCGGUCGUCGGGGUCUACGGAGAAGGUCAGUUCGCCUAG